UAUCUCUUCUCCUGCUUUUCCUCUAUGUCUUUAUCCAAACUAAAAUCAUGCACAAUAAUUGUUUAGAAUUUAUGUUGAAUAAUUUUAAAGUCAAAUUUGAGUCUACGUGAAGUCGUGAAGUCGUGAACCGUGUCGGAAAUUUGUUUUAAUGACUCACAUUUGCAACAAUUCGUUAUUUCUCUGAAAAUAUUUCUCCUUCUCUGCACAAAUCGUUAACAAUGGCAAAUGUCGUCCCUGGGAAAUCCAGUUAUUUGGCUCAAUCCAAUGCUUUGCUUAGGAAAAACUUAACUUAUCAGAAAAGAAACAAAUGCCAGAAUUGCUGCCUAUUUGUUUUCCCAGUGGUGAUAUUGGGAUUACUAACGAUCAUGAAUAACUACUUACAACAUCUUCAAGAAGCAAAACAAAAUUUGUUGCCACCAAUUCUGAAUCCCCCGGAAAUGCCUCCUGCUAUUCAAAUCCCAAUUGAUCAAGACUUACCAAACCCUAAUUGCAGGAUUAACUCUUCUUGCUCUGCUUCUUUUCUUUUUACGGCCUACAAUCAAUCUUUUGCCCAAGGUGUGGUUGAUGACAUGUUUCCAACUCCUACCUCUGUGAAUUCAUCUGACCUUCUCACGCACCUAGUCUUGGGAACCCCUUCAAUGUCUGACAACAAGAAUGUUUCUCAUGAGGAAUCACGACUUUAUUACCUCCAACAAAAAUGCUAUAAGAAUUCUUCCAUAUUUGUGCCCAUUGAGUUGGACUGCAUGGAGGGACUAACACUGUGGAGGAAUAGCACCUCUAAAAUCCAUGAUGAACUAAUCAUUGGUGAUUCUCGUACUAAUAACAAUGAGGAAAAGGAAUUUGCCGGGGCUUUUGAUCUUCAGAACUCCGACAACCAGAAUUUCAACGUAAUUGUAUGGUACAAAACUGUAAAGGAUGAACAAUCUUCACCCCAAAUGCAAGCAGACGUUAUAAGUUUGCUAAAUAUGGUAUCAAUUGCCUUCCUGCGAUUUGUACGAGGGGCAGAUGCACAAAUAUCAGUAGAGUUCUUCAAAGAUAUGCCAAAAAGUAUUGAUUUGAAUCUGCCACAUCUUGUCACAUUGAUGAGUACACUCUUGUUCAUAUGGAUUAUUGUUUGGUUAUUCCCUGUCAUGCUGCAAGCUCUGGUUUAUGAAAAGCAAGAGAAACUCCGGAUGAUGAUGAAAAUGCAUGGGCUUAGUGACGGAGCUUAUUGGACUAUUUCAUAUGGCUACUUUGCUCUUGUGUCAAUAAUCUAUAUGCUAUGUUUCGUAGCAUUUGGUUCACUUCUUGGACUAGGCUUCUUCACAAUGAAUGCUUUAACCAUCCAGUUGGUGUUCUACUUUGUUUAUGCAAACUUGCAAGUUUCUUUGGCAUUUUUGGCUUCUGAGUUAUUCUCCAAUGUUAAAACAGCUUCAGUUGUGGGUUAUCUGCUUGUCUUUGUGACUGGUUUGCUGGGGAAUUUCCUUUUCUUGAACUUGCUCGAGACACCCUUUUUUCCAAGAAUAUGGGUGACAGUUCUUGAGCUGUUUCCUGGGUUCUCAUUAUUUCGUGGGUUAUAUGAACUACAACAAUAUGCUCUUGAAGGAAUUACGGUUGAUAACGGAGGCAUGAAGUGGCAAGACUUGAAUGAUCCUAACAAUGGAAUGAAAGAGGUCGUCAUCAUUAUGUUUCUAGAGUGGCUACUUACUCUAUUUUUAGCAUAUUAUGUCGAUCGUGUGUCAAUAUCCGGAUGUUGGUGGAAAAAGGCUUCAUCGUCUGCAAGGCAACCUACUCUGUCAAGUCAUGAAUCUCAAAUUUCAUUUCAAACAGAGAAAACAGAUGUAAUUCAACAGAGGGAGACUGUGGAACAACUGACACUCGAAGCGACUGCAAGCCAUGCCAUUGUCUGUAACAACAUAAGAAAAGUGUACGCAGCAAGAGAUGGAAACCCUCCAAAAGUUGCAGUCAAAGGAAUGUAUCUUGCCUUGCCUCAGACAGGUUGCUUUGGGAUGCUUGGCCCCAAUGGUGCUGGAAAAACUUCAUUCAUUAGUAUGAUGAUUGGGCUUACAAAGCCAACUUCAGGAUCAGCAUUCAUAAAUGGUUUGGACAUGAGCACAAAUAUGGAUGAGAUAUACUCAAUGAUGGGUGUUUGUCCUCAGCAUGAUCUUCUGUGGGAAACUCUGACAGGAAGAGAGCAUCUAUUGUUUUAUGGUAGACUAAAGAACCUUAAAGGUGCUGCACUAAUGGAGGCAGUGGAAGAAUCUCUGAAAAAUCUGAACUUAUUUUGCGGAGGUGUUGCCGACAAACAAGCUGGAAAAUACAGUGGUGGUAUGAAGAGAAGACUCAGUGUAGCUAUCUCCUUAAUCGGAGAUCCAAAGGUGGUAUUCAUGGAUGAACCUAGCACUGGAUUGGAUCCCGCUUCCAGGAACAGUCUGUGGAAUGUUGUGAAGCAUGCAAAGCAACAUCGAGCCAUCGUUCUAACUACGCACUCGAUGGAAGAAGCUGAGGCUCUUUGUGAUCGGUUAGGAAUAUUUGUUGAUGGCAGCCUACAGUGUAUAGCAGAUGCGAAAGAGCUGAAGGCGCGAUAUGGAGGAACGCUGGUGUUCACCUUGACAAGUACAGCAGAACACUGCACAGAGGUGGAGGAAAUGGUGAUGUCGUUGUCGCCUAAUGCCCACAAGACUUAUCACCUUGCAGGCACCUUAAAGUUCGAGCUUCCAAAACAUGGGACGAGGAUUGCAGAUAUUUUUGAAGCUGUAGAGGAUGCGAAGAAGAGAUUCCCGGUUCAUGCAUGGGGUUUGACAGACACCACUCUGGAAGACGUCUUCAUCAAGGUUGCUAGAGCCACUUGAGAUUGGAGUAAUAUUAUGCGUUAGGGUCGGCCUUAAGCAAGUGCAAGUUGUGCCUACGUCCAGGGCCCCUAAAAAAAUUUUAGUUUUCAAUUAGUGCUAAGGUUUGAAGUUUUCUAUAUAUAUGUAAUAAUUUAGGGCCUAUAAAUAAUCUUUCGCCUCGGACCCCUAAAAUCCAAGGGCCGGCUCUACAUCAUCGUCUUCUGGUCUGAAUCCUUUAUUGCAUGACCCAUACAUACAGAUCUUAAUGGGUGAUUGAAAUCGCUUUUGAUAAAUUUUGCUGAUAUGGGAGUAGUACUACUGUACUAAUACUCUCAAAUAGUAACAGUGUCCAUUAGACCAUUAGAUUAACAAUCAUACUGAAAUUAUGUCAUUUCAAAAUUCAAAUCAUACUUGAUUUUGUAAUUAAAGUUGAAAAUGUUUGCCAAAACCGUUACGAUGCUAAGAACGAUACAAACAACAAUGAACAAAAUAACGUUUGACAAUGAAAACUAAUCAAAAGAGACAC